UGUACUGCUGGACUGAUUAGCCCUAUCUUCCCCUCAUCUUGCAGCAGCACAGGCAGUCAGUGCCUGGUAGCGAUUUAGACGAGGGCGUAUGGACUUGAGGCAGCAGUGAAUGCAUUUCCCACAGACUGUGGUCGUACUUUUCUCCUCUCGUACGGAUUAACACUGAGUCCACAUAUCGCCUAAACGCCGUAUCGCAUUUUCCCCUGCUGCAUUUUUCCAUCUGAAGGCCUGUCACAGAGUAAAGUGUCUCGGUUGUGCGUGUGUUUAGACAGCGGAGCGAGAGCAGCAGUGUGUCCCCGAUGGCUGGCUGGAAAGACGGCUCAGUGCAGGAGAAAUAUCGCCUGGUGGUCGUCGGAGGUGGAGGCGUCGGGAAAUCAGCAUUAACCAUCCAGUUUAUCCAGUCAUACUUCGUCACUGACUAUGACCCUACGAUUGAAGACUCCUACACGAAGCAGUGUGUGAUUGACGAGAGGCCUGCGCGGCUGGACAUCCUGGAUACAGCAGGACAGGAAGAGUUUGGAGCCAUGAGAGAACAAUACAUGAGGACAGGGGAGGGCUUCCUUCUCGUCUUCUCUGUCACUGACCGGGGAAGCUUUGAAGAGAUCUACAAGUUCCAACGACAGAUCUUGAGAGUGAAGGACCGGGAUGAAUUUCCCAUGAUUCUAGUGGGUAACAAAGCUGAUCUUGAGCAACAGAGACAAGUGACUCAGGAGGAGGGUCAGCAGCUCGCCCGGCAACUCAAAGUCACUUACAUGGAGGCCUCAGCUAAGAUCCGUAUGAAUGUUGACCAGGCUUUCCACGAGCUGGUCCGAGUCAUAAGGAAGUUCCAAGAGCAAGAGUGCCCACCCUCGCCGGAGCCCACGCGCAAAGAGAAGGAUAAGAGCGGCUGCCAUUGUGUGAUUGUCUAAUUGGCCUUUCACUGCCGCCACUCACCCAGCUGCUGUCACCGGUCCCUGCCCCCCACCCUGCCUUCUGACAUCACGUCCUGUGCGGAUGAAUUCGCUGCCUUUCUACAUGUGCAUGUCUUCAAAACAGCAGUCUCUCUCAUAGCCUUAUCAGGGGCAGUUGUGCCUCUAGGACUUCACUACUAGAAGAACCAAACUGACAAAAUCUUGAUGGAACUCGCCAUUCUACCUUCAACUAGAGUACUGACAUCAGUGUGACCUAGAAUAUGGUAAUCGUGCCCCAACACUAAACAUCGCUUCUUACAAGUUUGCUGUAAAACACACACACAAUUCCUUGUUUUUGUAUUUCGAAGGGUUUUUUCUUUCUCUUGCCAUGUGACAUUAGUACGUUUGCUGAGAUGGAAAGACUAAAUGAAACACCAUUGAGAUUGCAGACGCCUUUUAGUCACGAGAUCUAGAUUGAGAUGAUGUUCUGAAGCUUUGUGUGUGUGUGUGUGUGUCGUGCCAUAUCUGUUUUUACUUCCAUAUGCUAAUCAGCGAUUGUACAUAAGUGAAGAUUCGUGUGAGUUGAGACCACCUUUAUAAUGACAAAACUCAGUCGCAGAGUAUUGUGUGUGAGGUUGACGAGCUUGUUUUGACAUGCAUUAAAACAAUAAUGUACUCGCAGAUAUGUACAUAGAUAGCCUCUAACAUUAUGCCAAUUUUGUCAGCAGUGAAGUCAGUUUGCCAACUUACUGUUUGGUCAAGGUGUCAUUUUGGUUCGCAUCGUAAGGCUUCUUGGCAUGUAUGGGUUUGUUUGUUCUUUUUUCUUUUUUUAAAAGGGAUAGUUCACCUAAAAAUGAAAAAUCAUUCACUUUGCCUCAUUUGUUCCAAACCUGAUCCAAACCGAAACCUUUCAUCUGCGGAACACAAUUUUUUUUUUUUGUCCAUACAAUAAACAAGGAUGUGAUUUUCAAUUUGCUUUAAUAUUUAUAUUGAUUUUCACAUUUUCUGACCUUCUUUCAGACCCACUUGAAUUAUGUGUAUGCGAGGAACAAAUUGCUGCGUUUGUCAACAAAAGAAAAGUUUUACGGUCUCCCUCUGGUUUUCCGCCAAAAUGACUAUUGUUUUAUGUUUAAAAAUCGAAGAAAUUAAGGCCAUAAUCCAUAAAUAUUGUUAAUUUCACUGUUGUUCUUAUUUUACUGUACAAAAGUAUUAUAUUUCUGUAUUAAUGUUUAUAAUUUAAAUAUUAGAGUAAAAAUACUAUUUUCAAUUAUUAUUACUAUUAUACAGUCAUAUUGAAUAGGGGAAAAUUAUUUAUUCUUCUUUUUCCUUCUUAUUUGUCUUUGAUCACAUGCCAGAAUGAAAGUAGUUGUUGUUGUUAAGGCCCCAUGACUGUUCAUGUUUUCUGCAAAACAUAUUUCAAAAUAUCUCCUUGUGUUUCACAGAAGUUAGUGUGUCAUGCAGGUUUGGGGGGACGAGAGAAUGUUCAUCUUUGGUUGAACUUUCCCUUUCCGUUCUGUGAUUGUGAAAUGUAUUCUACAUGUAGAUGGUUUGUUCAAGCCUUCUUGACUCUCAGCUCGGAAUUCUACAGACUAUCCUCAGACUCAGGUUUCUCCAUUUACAGUCUUUUCACAAUGUUCUGACGAUGUCUGCUCAUUCAGUAGUGCACAAUAGGCUGUCUGUUCUCUACUCGGUACCCCACCGAAAUCGGUGACACAGAGAAUUAGUCUUUCAGAUAAUUGUCUCUUUCUCUGGCCUUGUAUUUCAAUUCACUUAUACACUGAUUUAGUUUUUCUCGGUUUGGAAACGUAUUUAAGUGACUGAAACCGCGUGAGGACUCUGUUGAACUGCUGACAUCACAGAUCUUUCGUGUAUGUGAUCCGAUCAAAUCAAGUUGUUUUUUUUAGACACCAGACAUCCACAUUCCAUUUAAUAUGGUUUGACGUCUCGGUGACAUUCACACUUCAAUCUGGGAUUUCUCAUCUGACAGGUGAUCAUUUGCUUCCUGGCUUCAUACACCGAGGGUUCCUAUCAUGUCACAUUUUAUUUCCAUCUUCUACGAAUAUUAUUUUCCAGCGUGCAUUUCUGUACGAGGGAUACAAAUAAACCGUUUUAGUUUUUGUGUUUCAUCAUCAUGUAAUAUAAGAGAAAAGAUGGAAGUGAUCUUUGAAUGGACAUGAUUAAAUGUUUUUACUAUAUACUUUUAUACAUUAUUUUCUUAUCAGACUAGUUAAUGAGUAUUUUUAUAUGUUUGUAAGUGAAAAAAGCUCUCGCGGCACAACUGUGUGUAUAUGUAAAGAGGAGUAUUUAAUUAUCUUGGUUUGUUUUUAACUAAAAAAAAGGCCAAUGUGUGUUGAACUGUGGUCCUUUCGGUGGACUGAAGCCGAUAACCCAUCCUAACAGUUGUCCACCUCAUAGCCUAUAACAACUUUAUCAGUGAUCACUGGGCCAAUGCUUCGAGCAAUGCCCUUUUGUGAUGACUCAGGUUCAUAUCCUAACCUAAACCUUGUCCGUUACACCAGUUAAUAGCAACAUGGAUCAAAUCCAAAGCUAGUAAGAACGGAAGUGCAUGGCUCUUCUUCUUCCCAGAGUCUGUGUACAUCUAAUACAUACUGUGUUUUAUUUGUCACAUCUUUCCCUCCCCCUGUAUAGCCUCUGGUGCUAUAAUAAAAUCUAUGCUUUAUCUGUGAUAUAUUUGCUUUUCCUUAAUGAGGAAACAGGGUACAACACGUCGCACAGAAGGAUAGCUCUCGUUCUGUAAGUGACAAGUAGAUUGUUAUUUUGCUGUCCUUAAAUUCCCUGUGAUUUGCAAAACUCCCAUUCUAUUCUUGGAUGGUGUUCCAGCCGAUACGGUAAUGAGCUGUGUGACAACUUAUGUCAUAAGUUUGGUUUUAUUGUUAUUGAGUCUGCUGUGUGUUCUUUCAUGAGAUUUAAAAGUGUUCGGUAACAUUAUAAAGGAGAGGGGUGUCAUAUUAUUUUGGAGAAUACUCAGAUUUAAGAGGAGCGGCUUCAGAAAAGCUGUUGUUUGCUCAUGCUGUGACAGUUCUACGAUUAAUGUGUCAAGUAACCGAAUUAAAUCAAUGCAGUGACAGCUAUAAUAUAGAGUUGUUGCUGUGUGUGUCAGUUUUAUAGUGAUUGUAAAUCUGAAUGCACAGUUACUAUUAAAGCUUAUUCGGAGACGGGCCUUGAAUGGUCAGGGCUGAGUUUCCCAAAAGCAUCAUAAGACAAUCUAUUUAAAAGAAUAGUUCAAAUCCUUCUGAUGGCACCCAUUCACUGCAGAGAAUACAUUGGUGGGCAGGUGAUGUAAUGCUAAAACUGUAGUUCCCAGUGCAGGGAGACCUUAAAUACUCAUAUAUCUAAAGAAUGAAUUAUGCAUGCAAUCAUAUAAUGGAUCACUGGUCUCUUCAGUCUAUAAUUGUCAAAUGCAGAAGCCUUAAAAAUGUAUUAACAUAAAUGUAUUUUGGGGGUUUUGUUGUUCCGUUCACGUUGUGUGGAUGAGCGCUGUGUCAAAAUCGCCAUGACACAUUCACACAUAUUCACAUGGAUAAGUGGGCUUUAAUAAUCACCAUCACCUGCUGGGAAUGAGGGAUCAUAAUAGACAAGAAGAAAACGAGCACAUUGAUACUGGUGUUUGAAUCUGACUGAUCUAUGGUAGCUUAAAACACUUUCUUACCCACCCCCCUACCCCCCUGAUGAGCAUGUGGCAAAAACAUGGAUGCCUUUAUGAGGUCAGAAUGUGCCUUUGACUGGCUGUACUCAAUUCGAGCCGUUGUUUGGGAGACAGCUUUGUGUCCUUUGAGCACAUCUGGGUCAUGAAUGGCUGGAUUGACAGCUUAAUGUCACUGCGCUUGCAAACAUAUGUUUGAAGUUGGGUUUGCCUGGCAGCACAUGGUUAACCGGCAGCGAUGUGAGUGAACCGCAUUGUUCAGAUCUCAAAUAUUGGCAACAUUCUUUGUUUUCUAGUAAAUAAACAGUCACUGAAAAAACCGAUAAACCAUUUAGAAUUGGUA